AUGGUCUUCUCCAAGUUCUCGUCGCCGUUCAAGACGAGCGGCGCCGGGGUUCACGCCGUCGACGUCGAGGCGUCCGACUCGGAACACUCCAUCAUCCGCGACGGAGAUCUCGCGUACACGCUCGCAAAGGGAGGCAAUGGGUCGAGGCCCGCGUAUCAGGAGGCGGUUGGGGCUCCUGUCGAGAAGCACUCGCCGCUGGGGUAUCACGUAGGAUGGCUCACCGUCAUCUUCUUGAAUGUCAACCAGAUGAUCGGCACCGGCAUCUUUUCAACACCCGCCUCCGUCCUCAACGGCACCGGGUCCGUCGGCCUGGCCUUCAUCUACUGGACUCUCGGUUUCCUGAUGGCCCUCGCCGGACUCAGCGUGUACCUUGAACUCGCCAGUUACUUCCCGAACCGCAGCGGCUCCGAAGUCGUCUACCUCGAACAAGCAUACCCUCGGCCAAAGCACUUCUUCCCCAUUGCCUUUGCCGUGCAGUCUGUCUUGCUCUCUUUUAGCAGCAGUAACGCCAUUGUUCUGUCCCGGUACCUCUGGAGAAUCGCAGGGAAAACCCCGUCCCCUUGGGAGCUGAAAGGCGUUGCUAUCGCCGCCUACACCUUCGCCGUCAUCUGCGUCAUCGCUCACAACAAGUACUCCCUCUGGGCCACCAACAUCAUUGGCGCCAUCAAAAUCGUCACCCUCGUCUUCAUCUCCAUCACCGGCCUCGUCGUACUCGGCGGCAACCUCGACCACAUCCCCGACCCGACCGCCAACUUCCGAAACUCGUUCGAGGGCACCACGGACAACGGCAACGACCUGGCCACGGCCCUGGUCAACGUCAUCUUCUCGUACACGGGCUACUCCAACGCGUUUAACGUGGUCAACGAGAUCAAGAACCCGAUCCCCGUGUUGAAGCGCCAUGCGACCAUCUCGGUCAUUGUCGUCUCCGUGCUCUACAUGUUCUGCAACGUUGCCUAUUUCGCCGCAGUGCCCAAGGCCGAGUUCAGAGGUGCCAAGGAGAUUGCUGCCGCCGUCUUCUUCACCAAGGUCUUUGGCAAGGGACCCGCCGAGCAAGCCCUCAACUUCUUGGUUCUUCUUAGUGCUUUUGGCAACCUGCUUGCCGUCUUGAUCGGCUCUUCUCGCGUCAUCCGUGAAAUUGGCCGACAAGGCGUGCUGCCCUGGACCGAGUUCUGGGUCAACACCAAGCCCUUCGGAACCCCCAUCGGUCCCUACUUGCUCAAAUGGGUCAUGACCUUCAUCAUGAUUGCUGCUCCACCCGCCGGAGACGCGUUCCAGUUUGUCGUCAGUUUGAAGACGUAUCCUGACGGCAUCUUCCACUUCGCCAUGGCCAUCGGCGUCUACCUCAUCCGUACCCGACGUAAGCGCGCCAACCUCGGCCGCACCGAGUUCAAGUCAUGGCACGUCACCGUCAUCUUCUUCAUCCUUCUCCAGGUCUACAUCCUCGCCAUGCCCUGGUGGCCACCAAAAGGAGGCCCGUACGCCGGCAACGUCAGCUUCUGGUAUGCGACGUACUGUGUCGUCGGUAUCGCCGUCCUCAUUGUCUGCUUCCUCUACUACGCCGUUUGGAUGUGGAUGUUGCCCAAGUGGCGCGGCUACAGAAUCCGUCCCGAGAUCCUCGACGUCUCGGACAACGGCGCCAACACACAUCGUCUGGUCCAAGUGCCGCUUUCUGAGCUGGCCCAGUGGGAUGCCGAGCAUGACGAUGCUGGCAAUCUGCGUCGCAGGCACGUCGUUGACUCGGAGAGGUCGUCCAAGGGCGACGUCGACGUGGGGAUUGUCGGCGACAAAGGAACUACCGUGAGAUACUGA